GACGACCUGGGUGAUGUGUGCGGGGAGACUCGAGGUCGAGGUGCGGAUCCGGGCUCGGUAGAACUUUUCGGGACUAGAAAAGGGUGAGGCUGCCAGGGUCCGAGGCGCUGCUGCAGCUGCUGCUCCUCUCCUCCUCGUCGCCUGCUCGCCUGGCUCCCCGCUUCUCCUCCCGAGUCCCGACGCCAAGGGGAAGGACGGAAGGGCGCGACGGCGAGGAGGUGGAGCGGGAGGGCAUGAGCUUCGGCGAUCUCCUCGGCGGCGUCGGGGACGCGGCCGCCGUGCCGUACCCCCCGUACGGCGCCUUCGCGUCCUCGCCGGCGCUCUCCCUGGCCGUGGCCGACGCCGGGCGCCGCCGCGACGGCAGCGGUGAGCGGGCGGGUUCGGUGCCCCGAGGCGGCGGCGGCGGGAACGCGAAGGACGCGCCGGAGGCGGAGGAUGACACCCGGUCGUCGCCGAUGAGCGGGCACCUCGACGUCGUCCUGGCCGGCGGCGGAGAGGACGGCGAGGGUGGCAACCCGCGCAAGCGCAAGAAGCGGUACCACCGCCACACGCCGCACCAGAUCCAGCAGCUCGAAGCGAUGUUCAAGGAAUGGCCCCAUCCGGACGAGAAGCAGCGCGCCGACCUGAGCAAGCGCCUCGGCCUGGAGCCGCGGCAGGUCAAGUUCUGGUUCCAGAACCGCCGCACGCAGAUGAAGAACCAAAUGGAGCGGCACGAGAACACGCUGCUGAAGCAGGAGAACGACAAGCUGCGCGCCGAGAACCUGUCCAUCCGGGUGGCCAUGAGGGACGCGGCGUGCAGUGGCUGCGGUGGCCCAGCGCUGCUCGGGGAAAUGUCACUGGAGGAGCACCACCUGCGCCUCGAGAACGCGAGGCUCAGGGACGAGCUCACCCGAGUCUGCGCCCUCACGGCCAAGUUCAUCGGCAAGCCCCUUUCUCCCAUGGCGCUGCCGCCCGUGCAGCAGCCGCAUCCCAUGCCAGGCUCGUCACUGGACCUUGCAGUCACUUGUGUUGGCUCCGUGCCACCAAGCACGAUGCCUGUCUCGACGAUCUCCGAGCUUGCUGGCAGCGUGUCAAGCCAAAUGGGCACGGUUAUCACGCCAGUGGUGACUACGCCACUGGCAAUGGGUAGUGGUGACAAGUCCAUGUUCGUUCAGCUUGCAAUGAGGGCCAUGGAUGAGCUUGUCAAGAUGGCUCAGAUGAAUGAGCCGCUGUGGAUUCCAAGCGUUUCCUCACCUGGUUCAUCAACCAUGGAGACGCUGAACUGGAAAGAGUACUCGAAGACAUUUUUGCCAUGCGUUGGGGUGAAGCCUAUUGGUUUUGUGUCUGAGGCCUCUAGGGAGUCUGGCAUUGUCAACAUUGACAGUGCUGCUCUUGUGGAGUUCUUCAUGGAUGAGAGAUGGUGGUCUGACAUGUUCUCGUGCAUUGUUGCCAAGGUGUCAACUAUUGAGGAAAUAUCAGCUGGGGUUGCGGGAAGCAGAGAUGGUGCAUUGCUGCUUAUGCAGGCAGAGCUACAAGUGCUUUCACCUCUUGUCCCUAGAAGGGAGGUGACAUUUCUUAGGUUCUGCAAUCAGCUUGCCGAGGGCGUGUGGGCUGUAGUGGAUGUUUCCAUUGAUGGACUGGAGAGGGAUCAGUGCCUAGUUACGAGCGUGAAUUGCCGGAGGCUGCCUUCGGGUUGUGUGGUGCGGGAGACCCCAAAUGGCUGCAAGGUCACUUGGGUUGAGCAUACAGAAUAUCAUGAGGCAUCCGUGCACCAACUUUACAAGCCUCUUCUGCGCUCUGGCCUCGCCCUUGGUGCAGGGAGGUGGCUUGCAACCCUGCAACGCCAGUGCGAGGGCUUGGCCAUCCUCGUGUCAUCAGUUGCAGUGCCAGAGCAUGACUCAUCAGCUGUCCCACUGGAAGGGAAACGAAGCUUGUUGAAGUUGGCAGAGAGGAUGAUGGAGAACUUCUGUGCAGGGGUGAGUGCAUCAUCCGCUGAAUGGAGCAAACUGGAUGUCUUAACGGGCAGCAUGCGGAAAGAUGUUCGCGUCAUGGUACGGAAGAGUGUGGAUGAACCCGGUGUGCCACCAGGUGUGGUGCUCAGUGCCGCUACAGCAGUCUGGAUGCCUGUGACACCUGAGCGGCUCUUCAACUUCCUUCGCAAUGAGGAGCUGCGUGCUGAAUGGGACAUACUCAGCAACGGUGGCCCUAUGCAGCAGAUGUUACGCAUUGCCAAGGGGCAACUGGAUGGCAACUCUGUAACUCUACUGAGAGCUGAUCCUACAAACACCCACCUGAACAGCAUCUUUAUUCUUCAAGAGACUUGCACCGACAAAUCUGGUGCGAUGGUUGUGUACGCCCCAGUGGACUUCCCGGCAAUGCAGCUUGUGAUGGGUGGAGGAGACUCCACAUAUGUGGCACUCUUGCCGUCCGGUUUCGCCAUUCUGCCUGGUGGGUCCAGUGCUGGUGGAGUUGGGCACAAGACAAGCGGAUCACUGCUCACGGUUGCAUUCCAGAUCCUUGUCAACAGCCAGCCCACUGCAAAGCUCACCCUGGAGUCAGUUGACACUGUGUACAGCCUCAUCUCCUGUACCAUCGAGAAGAUCAAGGCCUCGCUUCACUGCGAGGUCUGAACUUGGGAGCAGGAGACUUUUCCCCUGGAGGGAACAUCUGGUGACCAGCCUGAGUCAAGAACGAACCGCGAGAAACACUAGUGACCUUUGCUAGGUGGUACGGACCGACGGGGUGGUCCGCAGCACAGAGCAAUGGUGGUGGUUCGGGUAUUGACUCGGCCUCUCCCUGCCGCUGUUCUCUGUGGUGGCAGUGGAUUUUGCAUUUUGGAAAUUUCAGGACAGGUCUGGAGUCAUCUAUGUUUUUUUGUUGGCUGGCUCAUGGUUUUUGGUAUCAAGUUGGUUUUUAUUUAGAUGUCAGCACCCCCGAUUUAUGUUUCUGCUAGGUAUAGUCUGGCGAGCUCGGUCAAUGUCUGACAAAAUGCGGCAUUGUAUUGUGAGACUCAGAUCACUAUUUAUAUUAACAUGGAAUAGUAGUAAGAGAAGCACCGAAGCAACAGUUUUUAUGCUUUA